AUGGAGAUGAUUAUUUUAAAGAUUUUCUUGCUGUUCUUCUUGGCUGGUUGUGUCUCUUCUGCUAGUUUGUUUCCCUAUGGGGUGAGUGCUGGUGACAGUGAACUCCCUCCUAAUGAUGAUGGAAGCAUAGGGCCACUCAACUUCACUUAUGGAUUCAUAUUCUAUGAAACCACAUACAAUACCUUCUAUGUUAACACUAAUGGUGUUAUAUCAUUCAUAGCUCCAGUACAUGCUUACAACCCUCAGCCAUUCCCACUGGAUGACUCUCCACUCAUAUCUCCAUUCUGGGCUGAUGUAGACAUCAGAUUACCUGAUGGAUACGUACCUGGUUCCCCCAGAGGUCACGUGUGGUACAGAGCUACCAGUGAUAUCUCUACUGUACUGAGUGUCAGAGAAGAAGUGAUCCAAUACUUCAGUAAUGAUCAGGACUUUGUACCUAAUGAGAUACUCAUAGCUACUUGGGACAGUGUUGGAUAUUAUGACAAGAACACUGACAAGACCAAUACAUUCCAGUGUGUACUAGCAACAAAUGGAGCUACAUCAUAUGCAAUGUUCCUGUUCCCUGAAGGAGGUAUCAACUGGUACUCUGGUGACGCCAGUGGAGGUACUGGAGGUAUCAAUGGUACUCCGGCUCAGGUGGGACUCAAUAAAGGUGAUGGGGUUACCUAUCAUGUACUGAAUGUGUCUUCAACUCCUGAUGUCAUCAAUGUGGAGGAUUAUACCAAUAUCACUGGAGCCCCUAAUGGUUUUUAUAUUUGGAAU